CUCUCUUUCUCUGUUUCUCUCCCCCCCCCCCCCCCCCCAAAAAAAAAAAAAACUAAAACCAUGGACAACAUUGGCGAAGAAUUCAACAACAUAAGCGAAGAGUACAAACACUAUUGGGAGACCAAAAUGUUCCUUCAAACUGAAGAGCUCGAUAGCUGGGGUUUGGACGAGGCGUUUUCCGGGUACUACGAUUCGAGCUCGCCGGACGGGGCAGCGUCGUCGGCGGCGUCAAAGAACAUCGUCUCCGAGAGGAAUAGGAGGAGGAAGCUGAACGAAAGGCUGUUUGCACUCAGAGCAGUGGUCCCAAACAUUACCAAGAUGGAUAAGGCUUCAAUAAUCAAAGACGCCAUUGAAUACAUCCAAGAGCUGCAUGAACAAGAAAGAACAAUCCAAGCUGAGAUAUUGGAGCUUGAAUCCGGAAAAUUGAAGAAAAAUCCGGGUUAUGGCUUUGAGCAAGAGCUUCCUAUCUUGUUGAGAUCAAAGAAGAAGAAGACGGACCAGUUUUAUGAUUCUGGGGGACCAAGAACUUCCCCUAUUGAAGUCCUUGAACUGAGGGCAACAUACAUGGGGGAGAAGACAGUGGUGGUGAGCCUAACAUGCAGUAAAAGAACAGACACAAUGGUGAAACUUUGUGAGGUCUUCGAAUCUUUGAAGCUCAAAAUCAUUACUGCAAGCAUCACUGCUUUUUCUGGGAGGCUUGUGAAAACUGUCUUCGUUGAGGCAGGUGAAGAGGAGAAAGAUGAUUUGAAGAUACAGAUUGAAACAGCCAUUGCAGCUCUGAAUGAUCCACAAAGCCCUAUGAGCAUCUAACGAUCACUUCAGACCGAAGUUUGAGUGCUCCAAAGGUGGUGGGAUGUUUGGUAACUAUGGCUUUCAUGUCUCCAGGAAAACUUUUUUUUCACUCUUUGUUUCGGUUUUUAAUCGAUGUUUUCCUUGAUGAAGAGUCCUUGGUGUUUGUGUUUUUUGGGGGAAAUUAGCUUCAUAGUUUAAAUAACAAAACCAUAUGUAAUGGUAAUCGUUUGUUGUAAACUAGCUAGUUGUCUUAAUAAAAGUUGCAUUUGGAUCUA